UGCCUGCCUGGCUGCUGGGGCAUGGGUGCUGUCCGCUGGCAGACCCACAAUGUCCCUAUGUGUGUAGUGAUUGUGUGUUUGUAUAUGUGUUUGCCUUGCUGUCGCACGAUCACACAACUGAGCCCACAGGGGUACCGUCCCUACCUUCCCUGUUCGGUUUGUGGAGGCUAACGCUCUUCAUUCUCCACCAUCGGCCUUGCUGAGAUUCAGAGUCAGCAGCGUGUCUCUCCCUUGCGCCUAUUCUUGGUGGUAUGUCCUCAUGGUCUGUUGUGUUUGGAUACCCUGACAACUAGAAGCUGUGAGGUAACCACUUUCCAGUCUGCUGCGUCUCUGAACCCCCAGUGACACGAUGCCCAAAAGGGAUCAUGAGAGGGAUUUGGAGCUUGACAAAAAGAUCGAGGCUCUUCGAAGGAAGAAUGCAGCCCUCAUGAAAAGGUACCAGGAGGUGGAAGAGGACAGGAAAAAGGCAGAAGAGGAAGGAAUGGCGCUGCAGAGUCGCAAGGGCAAAGCUGAUGACCUUUCCAUCACAAUCAGCAAGUCCACCAGCGACAGUCGUGUGGUGGUGACUAAGCCCCUCAGUGCUGCUUCACCAGCUGGAAAAGGACAGCAGGAGGCUGGGCCCGACAAGGGGGGAGAGGGGCCUCCACAGGGCGCUGGACGAGGACACAGGAAACAGCUAACUGUCACCAUGGCUGGCAAAAAGGGGAAGAGGGUGGUGAGCGAGCGGCCAGAGAAGAGGCCUGGCACUGCAGAUAUGAAGAGCCCGACCGAUGACGGACAGGCGAGGCGUGUGGAAUCAGGGAGGGGGAAGCAGCCGCCGCCUCACAUGACCAAGAAAGACACAGCAGCACAGGAUGAGGUGAAACAAGGACAGGAAUACAAUGAGGAGCACCACAGGCUUUCAGAGCUCUGUCAGGAGCCCGAGAGCCUGCAGGCCUUUACAGACCUCAACAUCCCCACGUCGAAAGAGGAGCAGGAGGAGUAUCUGCGCUGGAAGAAAGAGCGAGAGCAAAUUGACAGAGAGAGAGUGGCACGCCAUAAAAACGCCAAGGGCCAGUGGAGACGGGCGUGGGACAUGGACAAAACUGAGAACAUGUUUUCAGACAAAUCUGUCCCUGACAGAGACUGGGGACCUUCAAACAGAGGUGGGCGAAAUGCUAGAAGAGGACAACCGAGGGCAAGUGCAGAUUCACGAGGUCAUGAGAAGAGAGGCAAAGACAAGGGAGCUAAAAAUGUUCUAGUGAUGAGCAGCAAAGCAAAAGGAAAAGACCGUCUGACUGGGAGGGCCAGGAGAUGGCAGGCAAAUGAAGAAGGAGAAAGCCUACAGGAUUCUGAGGCAACACUGGAAGAAUUCCUGGAGGAACUUGAUGCCCUCACAGAUCCCGAGGCAGCAGAUCAAAAAGAUGGGGACACAAAAACGAAGCUCAGUCCAGAUGUGGUGAAUACACCUGAGGAAGUGAGUGUGUCCCCAGCUACUUUACAAGAGGACACCCCCACGCAAGGGAAAGCAGAUUCCUCCUCCCAGCGGGGGUCAGAGAAGAAAGUUCGCUUCUCUGAGGAACUCAUAAAAGGGAGACACAGCAGUACAGGAUCUCAGGAGUCUGGCAGUUCAGAGGCCAGGGGUCCGAGCUCCUUGAAAACCUCCUCGCCUAAAAAAAACAAACACCAAGUACAGGGGACGCAGCAGCAGCAGCAGCUUGAAAGUGCCAAGGAGGACGGUUGUGGUCUUCAGAAUCAGGGAGGAGGUCAUUCUGCUCCCAUUACCCAGCAGCAGGAUUGUGAAACUGAAUGUACUAAAAAGGACAGCAGCCCCCCCACAGCUCUCAGCUCCCCCCCUGCUGAAAAAGCCUGCGCCUCCCUGCAGGAGAACUUGGACCAGCCAGUAGAGGUGGCCAAGUGCAACAUCAGCAACACAAACACAGAGGAACUAAUAGACUCCGGUCUGUCUGUCCUGAGUCUGGAGUCAGGAGAAACACACCCGGCACACUCCACCAGCAGCGACAAGGUCAGUGUGGGAGACAGGAAGAGGGAAGGGACGAUCAAUAGAUGCGUAAAUGGACUAAUGGAGGGAACUGCAAAUGGAUGAUGAGUUAAAUACAUCUACUACAGCUGUGUAAUAUCCAAUUUGGGUUGAAGUAUCCACCGCCUCUGAGGCCUGUUACAGAAAUCGACUCAUAAGGGGAAUGCAUCUUGUCAUUCAUAUGGCGACGUCGGGAUGACUCAUUUUGUUUAUGUUUUCUUCUUUGCAGGCCAGAGAGCACGGGAAGAUUGUUUGAUUGGCAUAUUGCGGAUGAGUGUAAAUACUGAAACCAAAACAUAGCCUCUUUGUAUCAUUUUGCUUCAGGUAGCUCAUCUGAGAUACACUGUUUACGGCCUACACACAAAACAGUGGUUCAUUUUGCUGUGGCGUGUUCCACCUGUUGGAGUUUUCACAACAACAACAAAAAAAACAUACAUUAAUAAAAAAUUUGACAUAGGAAUGGUAAGAAGUGUUUCUGACCAUUGUCCCUGCUUAAAUAUUUUUACAUCCAAGCACUUUAUAAUUCUAAAAGUGUGUGUACUAUGUUAGUAUGCUGCUUGAGUGCAAUAUCAUGAAUGUUUACAUCUGUAUGAACAUUUCAAGGUACAUUUCAGGAGGCUAGCUAAUCACUUUUCUUUGGGUAGCCUUUGAGAAUGAAUUUCAGCCACAGUUGAAUUAUCUAGUGCCUGAUUCUGCCUUAGAGAUCUUGUAUUUUCAUGAAUGGAGUCAAAUCUGUGACGUAUGAGGAUGCAGUAGUUACAGUCUGUAUUUCUACACUCAAAACAGUAUGUGUAGAUAUUUAUUAAACAUAAAGGGUAAAGUUGAGACCACAAUAACUUUUCCAAAUUGUCAUAAAUUGGAAGAAAAGCAUUAUUUAACUGUUGCUAUUUUGACUCUUAAGUGGUAUUACUUUGUAUUUGCACAAGUUCCUGCAUAAAAUCAGCAAAUCCUGACUUCAAACUUUAACGUCCUAAGACAAAAAAAAAGUGAGACAAAAACAAAACGGUUGAAUAAAAUCUCAUCCUUGCCCUUUAACUACAUACAGUUGUUGCGUUCUCUAUAGUUAGCAUAUUUUGACAGCUGAAUCCCAGUUAUCUGGUCUUCCUUAGAGCUUUACACUUCUAAGAUGAUUAUUAAGCUUUUAACAUCACACUAAUAAAACACCCAUGCAAAGAAAAGCAUACGUUUUGCUGCAUGUGAUGGUGUUCUUCCCAUGCCGAAGGGUGGAGCAGUCAUCAACAUGUUUUUAUUCUAAGGCCUUGUGCACCUUGGAGACUGACACACAUUGAAAAUACAUGGUCCACGUCCGUGAGGGUUUACAGUCAAACACUGGGAUUCAGCUGUAUUUACUGUCUGACAUUGUUGUGUCAUGUCUUCUGAUUAGUGGGAGAAACAACUAAUAUUUUUAAAAAGCUUCCUCAUCAGAAUUUAGUCAGAUGUUGUGCCUUGCAUAUUGGCUGUACCUUCAUUUCAAGGUUUGUAUAACAUAGUGUUACACUAAAUGUGCUGUUCUAACAGUGCAGCAUCAGUAUUAACUUUAUUUAUUUGACAUUUGGACAACAGAAUGUUAACUAGAGUGAUUUUGCAAGUCUAAAACAAUGUGUUUUUCUCUCUGUGACAUGUAUUCAUAAUUUAUUGUCAUUUUAUUAUUUUAUUUUUGGCAUCAAGAGACAACUAUAAGAAGCCUUAAAUGAACUGUUACCCUCAAGGAAGUAUUGAGCUUUUGCCAAUGCUACAGUAUAGUAAACAGUUAUGUAACUGUGAGUGGAGAACAGUGGACGUGCUUUCAGCUGAAUGGUCCUAUCAGUUUCAACUGUGGUUAUAUAAAAAAAACAAAUCAUGAGGAGUCCAGUAGAAACACACUCGGAAAACCAUGAAACGUCACGGUGGUCACAACGGAAAAUCUGCUGUUUCUGAGUCGGGGCCUUAUUCUGUGUUGCAUAUGGAACUUGAAUGGAUGAAAUGUGUGCAGUAAUGUUCACAUCCCCUUAAAUGAUGAAUGUUCAAGGUGGUUGCAGUGAUUCUUGCUCCUCCAGAUGUGCACUACUGUCCUCCGAUUUUUUUUUUUUACAUGCACUCUUAAGAAAGCAGAAACUGUGUUUGCUUUUGUAUGAGAGUGUGUGUCGAGGUGUGAUGCCAGCUUCUAUCUGUUCAGAGUACUCAUGGUAACUUCAAAAUGUGUACAACAUUACCUAAUUUACUGUAGAACAUUUUAGACCGAGGCACACAGAAAAUCAAUAAAGUUUUUUUUCUGUA